ACUUAACGACAUUGAUUGUUUUGAAUAUUAGUAGUUUCGAUUCUACCUUUCAUGUGUCAAGUGCCCGGGUCUUAUAACGGAAAAAAAACUUGUUUAGCACAUAAGCUUAACCACCGGUUUUUAAGAAUGCAUGUGUUUAGAUUCGUAGCUUGCAUUAUACUCAUCGCGGUGCUCAUAAUAUUUUCGGAGCAAAGUGCCGCUACAAGGCUUGAAAAGUUAUUAAGAAAUGUAAAUAAAUCUGCUAACAUUGGUUAUGAUAAAAACGACUGGACAAAUAUCAACGAAGAAGUUGACGUGGUAACACCAAUGGUGGUUUCACAUCUUCAUAAGCUUGGAAUCGAACAUCUUCAGCUCCCAGACAUGAAGGAAACGCUAACAAUAAAGCCCUUGUUCGUGACAUAUGAAGUUGGCUUAUAUCUUACCAAUGGUAUUGUGUUCAAUGUUUCAGGCAUUACUCGGCAUACUGAUGCGUUUAUGACGUAUCAAGGAAAAUCGUUCAUAAGUCGAUUUCUAUUAAAAAUAAAUAAGCUACAGUUUGAAUACCAAUUUUUGCUAAAAUUAAUGGGUGUUGAAGGACUUGGUAAGAUUCUUGGCUCAUUGGACCAUACCAUUGUCUAUGCUGAACUUUCUAUAAAUGUAAUUGACUUGAAGCUUGAUCUGAAUGAUUUUCGUAUAAUGGAAUUCAGGAACAUACACGUAGAAGUGGACCAGGCUCGAUUAAUAAGCCAACUGACUGGAAUUAUUUUAAGCCCAAUAACAAACUUAUUUAAAAAUCGAAUAACUACAUCAAUUGCCGACAGUCUUAAGACACAAAUGCAAUUUUUAAUGGAUGAUUUUAAUAACGAAGAUCCUUUGCAAUUAAGAGACUUCACAAAAAAAUUACUAUCGGGAUUAAUAUUCAACGCUACACAAACAUAAAACUUAUCUAAAAUUCAGCGAUAUUAAAUUUUUUCAGUUUUUAAACUUAUUUUUCUGAAUAAGCAAAAUAAUAUGCUUGGAAACUUUCAACAAUUUUGGUAGACGCAAAAAAAGUGUAAAAAUAUAAAUAAGAAUUCAUGAGAUUUUAUUGUUUCCAAUAUUUAUCCCAUUACAAGGCAAGAAAACUGAUUUUAAUAAUUUUUUAAGAUUUGUGGAGAAUAAAAUUUUAGUUAGUUUUUAAAAAGUUAUUAAAAAAAGGGAUCCAAUUUUUUAAGUUUGGUAAGAUUUUACGAGCGAUUCAAUUUUUAUAAAUAUGUCAAAUAUGUCAAAAUAUUAAACAUGUACGAAAUAAAAAAGUACCAAAUUUACAAAAUUACCUGCAAAAGUGGUUCUAUUGACAUAUUUUAGGAUAAAAAACUUCUAUCUAUAUAUAUAAAAGAAAGUCGUGUUAGUUACACCACUUAUAACUCAAGAACGGCAGAACAGAUUUGGCUGAAAAUUGGUAGGGAGGUAGCUUAGAGCCAGGAGACGGACAUAUGAUACUUUUUAUCCCUUUCGACAGCGUUCCCAUGUGACUUGACAUGAAACGUCAGUCACUAUAAAACGUGGUAUAACAAAAAAGAAUCAGACUUGGAAUAAUAAAACGCAAAUGACAGCUAUGUAAUUGACGUUAUCAGGGAAGCAGCAGAAAGGCGUGGAGUCCGGCUUGAAGGUCAACAGCAAUAGAUUUAAUUCGCUCGCAAAGACAUGAACACGAUAGGGCAAGGUCUGUUGAAUUCCGUGCACAGAUAACAGUAGAUCGAAAUCAGCAAUUUCUUGCAUUUCGAUAUGAUCCAUCUGUUGAUUAUAGCUCCAGUCGCCAUAUCGUCAUUGGCCAGAUGAGCCAUGUCUGUACUUGCUGCCAGGCUCUGAAGUUCAAUAAUAAAACGAAAGAAAUGUGUUGUUCUGGCGGGAAAAUCAAAUUACGUCAACUUGAAACACCACCAGAGCCACUGCGAACUCUGCUUGCUGGAACCACUGCUGAAUCGAAGCAUUUCCUAUUAAAUACUAGGAAAUAUAAUUCUUGCUUCCAAAUGACGUAAUUUGGUUCGUAAAUUGUAACUGACGAAUUCAUGCCAACUUUCAAAAUCAAAGGGCAAAUAUAUCACGCCCUGGCACCCUGCUCCCGUUCCCAGACAGUGAACAUAAAUUCCUUCAAAUGUUCUUCAACAUCAGGAAUGGGAAAAAAACUGCGAGCAUGUAAACUCAUUGUUUGGGAUGAAUGUACCAAGGCACACAAAAAAGCGUGUCUGUCGUGUUCUUCAUUUCUUGAUCGUUCAAACACAAUACACCACAGAGAAGCGUUUCUGAAUAAAAAAAUAUUAUUUUUAGCUGUGAUAUUCUAGUGCGACAAACGGAAGGAGUGCAACUUAAUGUAGGAGAGGAGGAGCGACGGCAGAUACAAUCGAUCAAUACGAUCAAUGGACUGCACGGGUUAAAAAAGUUCGUCCGCUCCUAAGAUACGAUUUUUGAAUCGACUUCUCGUCCUGAGCAUGGAUUACCGGAACUCCUGGUACAAUUUUCGAAAAGUCUCUUAGACCAGUUGCGAUCUCCGAUUCCAGACGCGAUUUCUCUUACUCAGUCAGGCAAUGAGGCAAAGCAAGCAAAUACACCACCACAACCAGUGGUUCCAGAGGUGGAACCUCUUCCUUCGUGGUGGAACCACUGGAACCACACAUUGCAACCUUCAACCUGAGCAAUAGGUGCUCGAGAUGUAUCUUCGUCGAUGACCCGACUCGCAGCACUCCCUCGACGCAACGAUGCGUCGGUGCUAUAGCCGUCUUCGAUAUCAAAAGCCUCUAUCUCUGAGGCCAGUUCCUCUUGAGUAGCGGCUGGAUUUGCUUCGUCAUUUGAGUCCGAUUCAUAUACCUUUAUAAACCGAAUUAAAACCGAAGUUCAGCUCCCCAUGAGCAGCCUCUUUAUGGAAGCCGGGAUUCAGAUCCUGGCCCUGGGUCGGCAUGGAACGUCUGACCAUCUUAACGCAAUGAGCUUGGCGCCCGUGUAGACUUCGCCUAGUUCGUCUAGCGGCCAGGGUUUAUACACCGGGCUCCCAGCCAGGCUGACUCUCGGCACUGGCCGAGUGAUACCUUAGUCCGCCCCGGUGUGAGUUGGUGUUUGGGAUGGGAGGUGGCUGAGAAAUGUGGAAGAACCAAUAAGGAAAAGCCCGGUACAUCAGCUCAUAUAAAAAGCGGCAACUAGCAGAUACCCAUGGAAUCAGCAAGCAAGCAGUAUAUACCAUUUACGGUCCCAGAAUAGGCAUUUCAGUGGAAAAGGCAUAGUUUUGGCCUCGUCCAGGUUUCACAAAAACCUCAAAACACAUUUAGGAGCUAGUAAAAAAAAUUUAAUUCAAAUGGAACAACGAACACAAACACAAACAAGCCUUCGACAAACUAAGCCAGAAUCUACCGAGCGUAUUGGUUGGCAUGUCUAAACUUCUCCAAAACGUUUAUAAUUGACACCACAAAAAGACGUCGAAGAAAUACAUUUGAUACAAUAAGUCAAUUGAAAGUAUUCAAAACCAAUAAUACGAUUAUUCAGCAACAGAAAGGGAAUACCAGGCCAUCAUCUGCGGCAUCCAGAAGAUAAAUAUUUAUCUGCAGGGGUAGCAAUUUAUAGAGGAACCGGAGCAUUUGGCAGUGAAGGGGCUAAAUUUUAUCGAAAGCCCAUCAGGAAGGAUAUAAAGAUGGGCCCUCAACAACACGACUACAACCCCACGCGCAAGCAAUGGUGGGUCACCCAGGAAUACCGAAAACGGAACACAGAAUCGUGGCAGUAUUUCUUAAAGGUGAUUCAUAACGAUAUCAAGAAGCUUAUCAGGAUAUGUGAGUGCUUCUAUUAGUAAUAUUAGUACAAGAUAUUACAAAACCAUCAGCAGUAAAAA